AUGUUCUGGAAGAAAUCAGGUCAAGAGGAACCUAAGAGCACAAUGAGCAAAUAUAAUGAGGAGGCCAAUUCGGCAACGGCUCCGAUAUCCCCGCCGCGGUUCUUCAUGGAUGAAGAAAUGAUGGGGCCACCUCCACAAAUUCCAUCCGAACCAAAGCGCUAUAGAGAUCAGCGACCACCGAACCCUCCCUUGGAUUUUACGCGUAUUCAAGCCUCGGUGAUUCAGCAUACAAGCAGGCGCGAAAAGCCACCUCCCCCACCACCUUCUCGAGGUUCUCCCAGACCGCCCUUGGCUGUUGGUGAACAUAAGCGGUUCAAACCCCCUCCUCCACUAGGAGGGUUUACGGUAAACCCUGAGCCUCAACCGUCAGCCACAAUUGUUGGUCGAAUGCCGGCUCAGCAACCAGGACCCUACAUGAAAUCGAGUGAACCACCCGGCCUCACACCGCAGCGCAUCCCUGCCGUAAACCCCCCUCUAGAAAGCCAAAGCCAAAGUCCAAGCCCGAGUCUUGGUCUACCAUCAAAGAAUAGAUCUGUAUCUGACCUAGUUCGUGACUCGAAGCUCAUAGCUUUCCAGACCGAUGAUACUUCAAUAGUCCGCCAUAUCGUCUAUACUUCAAAUCCCCAUAUGCGCCAAAGGCGGAUGAAGAAGGAGGAGGCAUGGAAGAGGCGCGAAAAGCUUGGUACUGGCGCCUUUGGACAGGUCUAUCUUGAGGAACUUCUAAGUGGAAGUGAGGCUGGAAAGCUCCGCGCUGUCAAGGAAAUUGCAAAGACGCCGCCCCAGGAUCCAAGGAAGGAAAUCGACUAUACUCGAGAGCUAGAGGCAAUCGCCAAAUUCUCCCAUCCUAAGUAUGUUCACUGUUUUGUGAAAUCAUACGGUUGGUACGAGAGUGAUUUGACGAUAUUUAUUACCAUGGAAUAUGCCAGCAAGGGCAAUCUUCAGGUCGACCGUAUCCAAGACGCAAUUGGUCGGAAUAUUCUUGUCUUUGAAUCCUCCCCUGACUGGUGGGUGAAGAUCAGCGACUUUGGCAUAUCCAAGAGGGCAGAAGAGGAGGUCACUGCUUUCCACACACUAGUUGGAACGAGAGGAUACCUAGCGCCCGAGAUUCUUGGCUUCUUCUCCCCUGAGGACACCAAUGCCCAUCAGUCUGCCCAAGAGAACAACAUGUAUACUGUUUCUGUGGACCUCUGGGCUCUUGGUGCCAUCACAUUCCGGCUCCUCACGAACCAGGAUAUCUUCGUCAAUCCUCCAGAUGUAGGACGAUACGUGAUAUUGAAACAACCAUUUCCGACUUCUCCCCUUUUAGAGAAGAGAAUAAGCCAUACUUGCAUUAACUUUAUUGAAAAUAUUAUGGCUCGAUCUCCAUCAGAUCGACUUUCAGCGCAUCAAGCUCUCACCCACGCAUGGUUAUCAGAGCUACAUGACCCAGUACAGCAACUGGGUGGCAUCUCGACUAUGGCUAUUUCGAGUACCAACAGGCCCACGGGGAAUAUGCAACCAGAUUAUUCUGAUUCAACAGCAAGCGCACAGUGGCCAACAUGGGCUCAAUAG